AUGAAUAGCACUAUUGGUUAGAAAAAAGAUCUUUUUGAGGUUUUAGAUUAGGUUGGAGAGAUGAAUAAAUAUUAAGCACUAUAAUUGAAAUUAUUAGAAAAGAAAACAUUUCAGAUGGUAUAGGAUUUCUUUCAAUAGAAGAGAAUCAAAAGCAACUUGAAAAAUACAAUUUAACAAUAUAAAAUUAAUUAUUUGAGAAAUAGAGGCUAGAUUUAAGAAAUAACUUUGAGUUAUUUUCUAAUAUUCUCAAAAAAAUAAAAAGUCAAGACAAAAAUAAUUUUUCAUCUAAGAAAUACCUCAUUAUUAAGAAAGAGAUAAUAAAAAAUUAUUCAAAGAACAACAAAAUCAUUUAAUUUUUAAAAUUUCUAGUUUAUCUUACAGCUAUUGAUAAUGAAUUUAUAAUAUGCGGAUCAAAUUCAAUGA